UCCCCUUUUCUGUCCCUAAUUUAGUAACUUCACCUAAAGACCCUAAAUAACGUUAUGUUGGUAAGGUCACUCAAAAGUCAAAACACGCCGACAUAGGUUAUGUCACUCCAAUUUUCCAAAUAAGUUUUUUGAGUUUUUUCUCCCACUAAACCCUCAAAGCGCCAAUUCUGCCAUGCUACGUCUACUUUCUAAUCUCCGACUUUUCCAACCCGUAAGCCUGCACAACCAUCAAACUGUCCGGUGGGCGCGCAAGCCCCGAAAACCGCGUUGGAUGCCCACCGCCAAAAGCAAAAUGUUUAAAAUUCCUGAAAGAAUUAAAUAUCCGGAAGAAGAAAACAAAGAAGUUUUACGACUUUUCAAUAAUUACCGAACGGCUAUGAAGUCAAUCAAACAAUAUUUAACCAAUCGAUACAACGUUCAGUUACAGGCAAAAUCCGACACCGAACAAUUGAAAAAAGCAUUCGAAGAGGAUUUUGCGAGGUGUUCGAGUAUCAACGAUAAGUGGAACGAGCAGAUAAGAAAAGAAAGAGAAGUGCGAAUUGCCAAAGAAUUGCAAGAAGAAAUCGAGUUUUCGAAAAAUCGCAAAGCGGAGGUCUUGAGGCAACGUGCGGAAGAGUUAGAGCAAGCUGAGGAAAUCGUACGAAAGGAGAAACAAGCGGUUGCUAGUUUAAUCACUCCAGAGCAAUUAGAUGAAGUGAUAGAGAGAGCUAUUAAUAAUCCUGUGGAUUAUAAUUUUGCGAUUGAUUUAGACGGGAAUAGGAUUUAUGGACGGGAAACCAUGUCGGCGGAUGCUGUUAAGGCAAAACAAUAAUUUUAAGUGUAAAAAUGUAAUAAAUUAGCUAUGAAAACAGUGA